AUGACGGACUCCUGGGUGACAUAUGCUAGAAGAAUGGGAGCCUUAUGUGUUUUGUUGGAACAUAGGUAUUAUGGGAAAAGUCUACCGACCAAGGACGUAUCUACUGAUAAUCUUCGCUUCCUCAGUGGUCGACAAGCCUUGCAAGAUACUAUCAAUUUCCAGAGAUACCUUCGAUGCAAAUUAAAAUUAUUUAGAAACAAGUGGGUUGUUUUUGGUGGUUCUUAUGCAGGAAACCUUGCUGCCUGGUUGAGGUUGAAAUUUCCUAAGUUGUUUCAUUCAGCAGUAGCCUACAGUGCACCUGUCUAUAUAAAGGCUAAUUUUCCCGAAUACCUGGAAGUUGUCAAUGAGGCCUUGCUUAGGUUUGGUGGUUCUGAGUGUGUGGAUGCUACACGAAAUGCUUCACAAACUUGGAUGGAAAUGCUUAACGAUGAAACCUACUACCCCAACAUUACAGAAGAUUUUAAAUUAUGUGAACCUUUAGAUAUUAAUGGGGUAUAUGAAAAGACCUUUUUCGUGGAUACUCUACUAAAUCCGAUUGCGGAAAUUGUUCAAUACAAUAGAGAAAGACCUUUCCAUGAGGAUGAAAAAGACUACGAUUUUAAUGAACCAGUGGCAAAAUCCCAAGUUACUCUUAAUUAUUUCUGUUCAGUAAUGACUGAGAAGUCACUUGGGUCACCGUAUCAGAGAUAUGCAUUUUUUAUCAGAAAGAGUCUCCAAGCUAUUACAUUGUCCUGCCUUGAUGUAAACUAUGACGAUGUCAUAUCGGAAAUGAGAGACCCCCACUGGAACGGAACAGCUGCAUCAGGAGCUAGGCAAUGGACCUAUCAGAUUUGCACAGAAUUUGGAUACUUCCAGACCACUGAUUCGGAACACCAGCCUUUCUCUGGAGUACCUUUGAGCUUCUUUAUUGAUCUUUGUCAAAAAAUAUUUGACAUGGAACUCACCGCUCAGUCAUUGUAUAAAACUGUUCAAGAAGCCAACAACUACUAUGGCGACUUCAACAGUACCGGCAGUAGAAUCCUGUUUCCCAAUGGUUCUCUUGAUCCUUGGCAUGCACUAAGCAUCAAUUCUCAACUUAAAGAAGACGUAAUAGGGUUCAAAGUGAAUGAUAGUUCCCACUGUGAAGUGAUGUAUGAUCAUAUGUUCAAUGACUCAAGGGGUCUCAGAAGCGCCCGACAUUUUAUCUUCAAAACCCUGAACAAGUGGCUAAAUGGAAAAGUCGUGAAGAACUGA